AUGCCGUCCUCACGCUCUCCGUCUCCUGAAAACGAUCUCUUUUCUAUAUCCACCACACUUGUCCCUGAGCGGGAGAACAAACCCGCCACCACCACCGGUCUCACUUUCGACGAUCUGCUUCCCAGCAACACUCCUCUCCUCCUACAUGAAGACCUUCGAGAAGGAUGUGGCGGGCAGUUGUGGCCUGCUGGAAUGGUGCUGGCGAAAUACAUGCUUACAUAUCACAAGACGGGUUCUCUGCUGGGAAAGUCGAUCAUUGAGAUUGGCGCAGGCGGAGGCCUGGUCGGGCUAGCUGUAGCUCUGGGCUGUGAUAUCGACACCAAGAUAUGGAUUACAGAUCAACUACCAAUGUUUGCGUUGAUGCAAAGGAAUAUUGCCUUUAAUAAGCUUGACGCGAGGGUUGGUGCAGAAAUAUACGACUGGGGCACGCCUCCGCCUUCAAGCAUCCUUCGCAACGGAACCGAGCAUCCUGAAAUCGUUCUUGCCGCUGACUGCGUGUAUUUCGAGCCCGCCUUUCCUCUUCUAUUACAAACCCUGAAAGACCUCAUCGGCCCUUCGACGACAUGCUACUUUUGCUUCAAGAAGCGCCGGAAAGCUGAUAUGCGCUUCAUAAGGGAUAUGGUAAAGACAUUCAACGUGGAACCCGUCACCUAUGCAGGGCGAGACGCAGAUCAACGAGAAGGAAUAUAUUUGUAUCAGGUUCGAAGAAAGGAGAGGGCGAAUCCCUGA